ACGCGCGCGCGAUGUCAGUGUUACGCCGACUGCUACGCGCUGAAAGUGCCGGACCUGUUUUAAGUGAUAAAAGUGUAAUCAAGGUUGACCGGCGGCGGCGGCGGUGGCGGUGGCGGCGGUCGAUCCCUUUGCAUAAAUCGUGAGACCAACCCGCGCGUUGGAGACUGCGAAAUAAUCAAGGCUAACUGUAACUCGCGCCGCGCGUUUUCUCAAGACCUAGAAUCGGCGUACCUACGUGUUUGAAGUAACAACAUUCGACUUUACGCUCCAGAAGUUAGUCUUUUUUUUUCUUUUUGGUUUUGCUCCUUUUAGGCUAGGAGCGUUAGCGCCUUUUCAACCCUGCCUUUGGGGCUACGGUCAACGUGACGCUACAAUGCUUUGGAGCGUUCUUCUUUUCUUUCUUUCUUCAUUGAAAGAAAAGAGAAGAGGAAUGCUUCGAAGCAUUUGUAGCGUCACGUUGACCGUAGCCUGGGUUAUAUAGCGAAUUACCCAGCCGUUAGUCAAUGUUAAUCACGGUUAACUCGGUUUCCCCCGUCUCUGUUUACGUUACAGAUAGAGUUAAGCAAAAAUAACAUCUCUAUAUGUCCGUUACUUCGAGCGUUCUUAAAACGAGCGUUCGGGCACGUACGAAUGUUUCCAAUAGCGGCGAUAUAAUCCGACGAACCGUGGUAUCGAUACACGUCGGUGUAUCUCGUUACUCCCUCGCGAGAUACCCUCUCGCGCGGCACAAAAGCUCUAACGUAGAAAAAAUUUGACGUUAGCUACAGGGCGUUAGCUUUGUACCGCGCGCACCUGCUAUCAGGUCUGACACUUCCUUCUCCCGCCGCGAGGGAAAACAAAUUCAACCUACAAAACGGAGGGCGUUAGCGCACGGUGAAAUUAUACGAGCCACGCAAGCUUUCGCAAAAUCAACCGUUCCGACAUUACGAACGCCGUAUUGUCGGGUACCUUUGAAUCCUUCGAGCAAUUAACGCCGAGAUGGACGCCGAUGAAUUCAAUCGGAAUUUCGGAGGGUGUAUCGAUCGUCACGCGGCUGCGUCUGGCGAGAUCGGAGCAAUGAACAUCGACAGCGUCGAUUUCGAUAACGAGCUUCGUCAGAUCGAGAGAGAGAUCAAUCGUUACAAGCCGACGCUGCAAAGCUGCCGCGACGAGUGCGAGAACAUAGAGACGGAAAUUUGCGACGUGAGACAACUGCAGCGGAAAGCGCAGUUCGUGAUGGACAACGUGCGCUGGGAGGAGGAGAAUAUUCACGAGCGUUUUAAAGACAUAAAUCUGAACUACGAUGCGUGCGUAGAGAGAUCGAGUAGUCACGAAGAUCCGAACGAGACGAUUAGCGCGGGGAUAAGCGAGCUGACGACGCAGAGGAGGGAAAUGUUGAAAGAGUUGGGGCGAUUGAGAAGACAAGCGAAUGACAAUGGAAAAAAGCUCACCCGCGUAAGGGCCAUGAUCGCGGAACAGGAAGAAAAGAAUGCGAUGCAGAUUCGAGAAUUGAAGGAGAUAUCUGAAAGCGGUUUAUUCAUUUCGCCAGAUAUAAAGAAACGGAUAAACGCCAUUCUUACACAUCGGGAAAUAAAUGAAGUCGACAGUGCUAUUAAUUAAUGAUACGAUGAAAUGAAAUUUUUCGUAUAAAUAUAAAAUAUUUGUACAGUAUGUACACCAAACAUUUACGAUAUUAUAAAUGUGUCUAA